ACAAUUCACGGACACAUGAAAAUCUUCAACAGCCCCAGCAACUCCAGCACCUUCACUGGCUUCAUCCUCCUGGGCUUCCCUUGCCCCAGGGAGGGGCAGAUCCUCCUCUUUGUGCUCUUCACUGUUGUUUACCUUCUGACCCUCAUGGGCAAUGUUUCCAUCAUCUGUGCUGUGCACUGGGAUCAGAGACUCCACGCCCCCAUGUACAUCCUGCUCGCCAACUUCUCCUUCCUGGAGAUCUGUUAUGUCACCUCCACAGUCCCCAGCAUGCUGGCCAACUUCCUCUCUGACACCAAGAUCAUCUCCUUCUCUGGCUGCUUCCUCCAGUUCUACUUUUUCUUCUCCUUGGGCUCUACAGAAUGCUUUUUCCUGGCAGUUAUGGCAUUUGAUCGAUACCUUGCCAUCUGUCGGCCUCUACGCUAUCCAACCAUUAUGACCAGACGUCUCUGUACCAAUCUUGUGGUCAAUUGCUGGGUACUUGGUUUCAUCUGGUUCUUGAUUCCUAUCGUCAACAUCUCCCAAAUGUCCUUCUGUGGAUCUAGGAUUAUUGACCACUUCGUAUGUGACCCAGCUCCUCUUCUAACUCUCACUUGCAAAAAAGGCCCUGUGAUAGAGCUUGUCUUUUCUGUCUUAAGUCCUCUGCCUGUCUUUAUGCUCUUUCUCUUCAUCGUGGGGUCCUAUGCUCUGGUCGUGAGAGCAGUGUUGAGGGUCCCUUCAGCAGCUGGGAGAAGAAAGGCUCUCUCCACCUGUGGGUCUCACCUGGCUGUGGUUUCACUGUUCUACGGCUCAGUACUGGUCAUGUAUGGGAGCCCACCAUCUAAGAAUGAAGCUGGAAAGCAGAAGAUUGUGACUCUGUUUUAUUCUGUUGUUACCCCACUGCUUAACCCUGUGAUAUAUAGUCUUAGGAACAAAGAUAUGAAAAAAGCUCUGAAGAAAUUUUGGGGAACAUAA